GAGUGUGUGGGGAACAGAGGCAGAGCAGGGUCUAGAGGGGGGCCUGAGAGGCACUCACUCUGAGGGUCUUGCACUUGGUGACACUGCGCUAAAAUUCUGCGCUAGGUUCCUCUCUUGCCUCAGCCUGGACUCAGCUGUGUAUGUGGGGAUAGACUGGCUCACGGGAGGAAGGUUGUAGAGUGCUGUUCUCCACCCCUGGGGGGACAGAUGCUGAGAGAAUGGAAUUUUACAAAGGCAGUGGGGCGUGGCUUGGUGGUGAACUUUCCAACCACUUAGGGCUGUAAUUCCAGGUGUGGUGGCCAAAAGACUCCUGAAGGACAAGAGUUUUGUCAGGUUCCCCGGGUCUGGGGUCUAAUAGGAAGGACGCAGCAGCAGAAUGGGCACCUGGGUAGAAGAUAGUCUGAGGGGCACUGGAGGGCCAUGGAGUGCCGCCCAGACCCCUUCACCUUGGUAGAGAAGGAGGGCUCCUUAGGGGAAAGUGGAUUCGGUUCGAGGGCCUGCCUCCACGACUGGCACUGCCUGGUGCCUCGGCCCCGCCAGAUUAUGCAGAUCUCUAGGGCAGGUGUUCCCCGGUGUGGAUUUGAGACAAAGGAACCAGGAAGUGGGGCCUCUAUGAGCACAGGUAACCCGAGGCCCUGUCUGCAAGCCUGCGCUGCUCCCCCUGCUCUCGUGGGCUGGCCUUGGGCGAUGGGGGGAGCGCGCUCAUGGAAGGGCUCAGAGGACUUCACGGUUCAAGGUCCAAAGGGAACGGGGAAAGGGGGUAACCCAGGAAGUCUUCCCGGUGGCAGUGAAUUCUUAGAGCGGAUGCGAGGCGCGGAAUCCCCUGCGGGCGCAGCUGGGGACGGAAGCCCCGCCCCUCGCCCCGCCCACCGGUGGGAAACCGGGACCAAGAGGGAGGCACUGCCAGCGGCCGCAGCUGGUGACACCGCGUCCUCUGCCCCAGCCUCAGCCAGCCCCCGGGCUUCUGCAGAGAGGAGAAAACUGCAGUCCGGGAUGGCUCAGUCGGCCCGUCCAAAGUCGCCCAGCCGGUUCGGGCCGAGCCCCGACUGCGAGAGUGAGGCACAUGGCCCCUGCAGACCGGGCCUCGGAGGGUCCCAGGCUUGAGGACCCAUCGGCCCUCCACCCCCUUGGAAAGUGCCCUCCUGGCUUAGUCAUGGCGAAGCUGGAGACACUGCCUGUGCGCGCUGACCCAGGGCGGGAUCCUCUCCUGGCCUUUGCCCCUCGGCCCUCUGAGCUCGGACCCCCAGACCCUCGGCUGGCCAUGGGCAGUGUGGGCAGUGGGGUGGCUCACGCCCAGGAGUUCGCCAUGAAGAGCGUGGGCACCCGCACCGGGGGUGGGGGCAGCCAGGGCAGCUUCCCCGGCCCCCGCAGCAGCGGUGGCGGGGCUGGCAGGGAGAGGCCAGGCCGUUACCCCUCAGAAGACAAGGCUCUCGCCAACUCCCUCUACCUCAAUGGCGAGCUGCGGGGCAGCGACCACACUGAUGUCUGCGGCAACGUGGUAGGCAGCAGUGGUGGCAGUAGCAGCAGCGGCAGCAGUGACAAGGCCCCACCACAGUAUCGUGAGCCCAGCCAUCCACCUAAGCUCUUGGCCACCUCUGGCAAGCUAGACCAGUGCUCAGAGCCGCUAGUUAGGCCUUCGGCCUUCAAGCCUGUUGUACCCAAGAACUUCCACUCCAUGCAGAACUUGUGUCCCCCGCAGACUAAUGGUACUCCCGAGGGACGACAGGGUCCUGGUGGUCUCAAGGGUGGACUGGACAAGUCUCGGACCAUGACCCCAGCGGGCGGGGGUGGGGGCGGCCUCUCCGACUCCGGCCGGAACUCACUCACAAGCCUGCCCACCUACAGCUCCAGCUACAGCCAGCACCUGGCGCCCCUCAGUGCCUCCACCAGCCACAUCAACCGCAUUGGCACUGCCACCUAUGGCAGCGGCAGCAGCGGCAGCGGCGGGGGUGGCUCGGGCUACCAGGACCUAGGAACCUCUGACAGUGGGCGGGCCUCCAGCAAGAGUGGGUCAUCCUCCUCCAUGGGGCGGCCAGGCCACCUGGGCUCGGGGGAGGGCGGAGGUGGAGGCCUGCCGUUCGCGGCGUGCUCACCACCCUCGCCCAGUGCUCUGAUCCAGGAGCUCGAGGAGCGGCUGUGGGAAAAGGAACAGGAGGUGGCAGCCCUGCGGCGGAGCCUGGAGCAGAGCGAGGCGGCGGUGGCUCAGGUGCUGGAGGAACGGCAGAAGGCAUGGGAGCGAGAGCUGGCUGAGCUGCGGCAGGGUUGCAGUGGGAAGUUGCAGCAGGUGGCCCGCCGCGCCCAGCGCGCCCAGCAGGGCCUCCAGCUGCAGGUGCUGCGGCUGCAGCAGGACAAGAAGCAGCUUCAGGAGGAGGCAGCCCGGCUGAUGCGGCAGCGGGAAGAGCUUGAGGACAAGGUGGCCGCCUGCCAGAAGGAGCAGGCUGACUUCCUGCCCCGGAUGGAGGAAACUAAGUGGGAGGUGUGCCAGAAGGCAGGGGAGAUCUCCCUCCUGAAGCAGCAGCUGAAGGACUCGCAGGCGGACGUGUCCCAGAAGCUGAGUGAGAUCGUGGGGCUGCGCUCGCAACUGCGGGAGGGCCGGGCCUCGCUGCGAGAGAAGGAGGAACAGCUGCUCAGCCUGAGGGACUCCUUCGGCAGCAAGCAGGCCAGCCUGGAGCUGAGUGAGGCGGAGCUGCCCGCGGCGUGCCUCAAGCCCGCCCUGACCCCGGUGGACCCUGCCGAGCCCCAGGAUGCCCUGGCCACGUGCGAGAGCGACGAGGCCAAGAUGCGCCGGCAGGCCGGGGUGGCCGCCGCCGCCUCGUUGGUUUCCUUGGACGGGGAGGUGGAUGCUGGCGGGGAGAGCGGGACGCGGGCCCUGCGGCGGGAGGUGGGGCGGUUGCAGGCCGAGCUGGCGGCGGAGCGGCGAGCCCGGGAGCGCCAGGGCGCCAGCUUCGCGGAGGAGCGCCGCGUGUGGCUGGAGGAGAAGGAGAAGGUCAUCGAGUACCAGAAGCAACUGCAGCUGAGUUACGUGGAGAUGUACCAGCGCAACCAGCAGCUGGAGCGGCGGUUGCGGGAGCGUGGGUCAGCCGGGGGGGCCAGCACACCCACCCCACAACACGGCGAGGAGAAGAAAGCCUGGACACCCUCCCGCCUCGAACGCAUUGAGUCCACGGAAAUCUGAUCCCCUACCUGGGCAUGUGGCCUUUUGACAAGUGCCCUGUCAAAGGCCAGAGUCCCCAGUGUCCCCUCCCUGCCAUGUCUCUUCCCUAUGUCUCCCAUGUCCCCAGACCAAAGAGGUUCUCAAAGCAGCUGUGACCAGGUCCCUCCCCGACCCCCAAGGGGUGCCCUUGGGGCUCUACCACUGGCCCUCUGGGCAGCCCCUUUGGACCCUCCUCCCAAGGAGGGGAGAGAAGGAGGCAUGUAUGGAAAUUGAGGGGCCUAGGCAGCAGGGGAGCCCCGUGCUCCCCAUCUUGGCGCUCUUUUUUGGGAGAUGGGAGGCAGCAGGCCUGUAGCACCAUGAGGUGCCUCAGCCCUUGGGUAGGUCUGGGUGGCUACCGUUGGCCAUCCCGGUGUCUGGUGAUGCUCUGUGUGGUCACCUCAGAGGUCAUGUAGCCUGAGGAGGUCUUCAUGGGGUCUGCCAAAGCUGACAGACCUUGGGCUCCUGGCCUCUCUCCUUCCUGUCCUAUUAUCCCUCCCUGGGCAGAUUGACAGGACAAGUGGGAGCAGAUAGCCUGUAUGUGGUUGAGAGGGCUACCUGCCCAGCCCCUCCCCCCCAAGGUCUCUUGGGCUCAGGCCUUGGCGCCUGGCCUGGUCCUGAGUAUAUGUCCCUAUGUACAUAUCAGGGGCCGGCCGUAGGGAAGGCUGGGGGUGAAGACUUAGUGCCCAGGGAAGAUCUGCUCUCCUGUUCUUGGGAAGGGUCACCUGGAGGCUUCUUAGCUCUACCCUACCCUUCUGGCCAGGACCCCACAGGGUGAUAGCCCCAUCUGCUUGGCUUACCCCACACCCAGGGCCACUGUCUGGCUCUAACUACAGCUAUUAAGUGCUACCUGCCUCUCAGGCACUCCCCUCACCCGGUUUCUGAGGUCAUAUGAGUGUCUGUGAUGUCUCCCUGUGUCUUUUCCCACUCGAUCCCCCCAGCCUCCCUCUGCUUUCAUGCUAAGAACAUCAUUGUCCUAGGCCACCUCUUCCCCCAACCUCACCUUUUCUUCCAGUAGAAAAUUCUGCUUGAUUUUUUGGUGCACUGCCCACUUCCAAGCUCCAAUGGGCCCAAGCCUGAGCCAGAGGCCUUUGUUUGGGGGGAGGGGGUGGCGAGGGAGGAUGGUUGUGCUUGCCCUUGAAGGACAAGGCUACCUGAGAAGAACACUGACCCCUGAGUUCCCAGGAUCUCAAGGUAGCCCAGUGUUUGCCCAAGGUAGGCCUGGCAUGGCCAUCAGUGGGGGUUGGGACAGCACUGUCAUGUCCCUCCUCCUCCUAGCAUCCUGAGUCUAUCUCCCUAAGAAAGGAAGGGAAAGGCAAAUUUCUAAUUCACCAGCAAUAAAAAUUAGAGGAGGCUUGGCCCUCAGCCCUUGUAUUUCUCUCUUUUCACUCUCUUCCUCCCCAAGACUCGGUUUGGAGGGCAGGGUGGAGAGAGCUGGCAACUACUGUGAGCAAGUUCCCCAACUCCUGACCAGCCUCCUCCCAUGACUGGUGACUGUUUAAUGAGCUGUGCGUCCCCCACAAAAACAAGAGUGCCCCUCUGUGUGGCCUCUAUCCCUCUGCACAGCCCCUUCCAGGUGACCCUCACCAGAUCUCUGAGCUGGGGGGGGGGGCAUCUGGCAAUCACUGCCCAUUCCACUCACCCCUCACUGUACCUGCCCCAGAACCUGGGCCUGGGCCAGAGGGGCAGGGGGAAGAGAAGGCAUUAGUAAGAAAAAAAUAUAUAGAAAAAAAUAUGAACAGACUCAGCUUUGGGACUUCCAAACACAAAAGAAAUUCUAUAUAAAUAUAUAUAAAUAUAUAUCUCUACCAUAUGUGAUGGAAAGACUUCGUUUUCUUUUCCCAAAGAAAUAAAAUGGAGAAAGCCUCUUGAGUGGCA